AUGCUCAUGGACCAAGAGUUCAAUAGCCCAGGAAGUCGGCCGAUUUUCAGCUUUGCGGCGCUAUUUUCCUGUCUCAUUGUCCUGUCACCUGAUACGAAGCUGAACCGUGAGCGGCUUCGAGAAGCCACUACGGACAAGGGUGACUUGAACGAAGUCAAAAAGCCUAUCAGCCCCACGAAGGAAGCCCCUAAGUACCGCUUCAGUCUCCUCCUCAAGGAGAACCAACGAGCUCUCGCGAACGAAUACUGCGGCAUCCUCGACGAUGCAGAGCAAGCCGCGAGCGAAAUUGGUGCUUUUGACUCUGACGGCUCCUCUUCCGAUAGCGAAUCCGCUGGGAGCGAUCACGACGAGGAACUUAGCCACAUUCCCCGCCUACUGUAUCCACUGACCGUGACCGCACGGGUCUCAAUCCCUACAGUACAUUUGUACGAUCCGAAAGAUGCAUACCAUGCACAGCAUGAGCUCCCCACACGCUUGUGUGACAAGUUUCUGAUGCAAGAGAUCAAGCAUGAUGGUGCCAAUGGAUCCGAAGCAAGUCAAGAUGUGCGCCGCAGCUAUCGUCAAGGCGGCGGAGAAAGGCAGACAGCGAAUCAACAUGUUCGGAUUGCAAUGGAUAGGUCAGAGAUGCAUGGUUCCCGUGCUGGAUGCAAGAUAUACCGUGUUAGUAUCUGCUUAGCGGCGACAUUGAUGGCUUGGAGCUCGGCUCCAUUUGUUACAGGAUAUACUAUAUAA